UUUACUUUCCCGUGGGUGAAAGUAAUCUGAGGACGUGGCUCUUUAGAAAAACACUUUCAUUCAAUUCAACCCCAAUCAUCUAUCUAUAAAUACGUGUGAGUCUAUUUGAAUGAUACAAACCAUCUCACACACUCUAAAUUUGAGAUCAACAUGUGGUGUGUACCUAGAGAUUUUGUUUUUUCAUUGGCAAUACUUGUGCUGUUGUUUGGCACAGUACCAUGCUUAGGUUCUUUUGUGAAAACUGAAAAUAAGAUAAAAUCAGCUGUAUUUUUGUCCCCGAAAUUCGAGCUAGGACCUGGAUCAGUUAUCAAUAAAUAUUAUUAUGAUAUUGAUUUUCCAAGAGGUCAUGUAGCAAUCAAGAGUUUCCAUGCUGAAGUAGUUGAUGAAGAUGGUAAUCCUAUACCCCUCCAUGAAACUUAUCUUCAUCAUUGGGUUGUUGAAAGAUAUCAUCAAAGUAAACAUGUCACACACACAAGAAAUGAUGGCCAAAAGAUGCCUGAAAAUUCUGAUAAUAUUAUGGUAAGGAACAGUGGUAUAUGCCAGGAAAGUAUAAAUAAACAAUACUUUGGGCUUGGAUCUGAAACACGAGGGACGGCGACUGAUAUUCCGGAUCCUUUUGGUAUAGAGAUAGGUAAUCCUGCAGAGAUUCCAGAAGGGUAUGAGGAGAUAUGGAUGCUAAACGUUCAUGCCAUUGAUACGCGCGGCGUGGAGGAUAAGUUAGGGUGUACUGAGUGCAAGUGUGAGCUUUAUAAUGUUACAGUUGAUGAAUAUGGAAGGUCAAUAAGGUCAGAUUAUAAAGGAGGUUUCUUAUGUUGUUAUGACUCUAAACAGUGCAAGUUGAAGGAAGGUUUUGAGCGUCCAAAGAGAAGCCUCUACUUAAGAUACACUGUUAAAUGGGUUGAUUGGGAUGAUUUUAUAGUGCCUGCUAAGAUAUAUAUACUUGAUGUUACUGAUACUUUGAAACUAUCAGAUAAUUCAAAAGGAAUGAACUCAGAACAUGAUUGCAAGGUUGAGUAUCAAGUUGAAUCAUGCACCACAAACCAUAAGGAUGGAAAUGGUUGUGUUCAUGUGAAGAGGAUAAGUCUCCCAUUUCAAACUGGUGGUUAUGUGAUCUAUGGUGUUGCACAUCAACAUUCGGGUGGAAUCGGAUCCACCCUAUAUGGACAGGAUGAGAGGGUUAUAUGCUCUUCAAUACCAAGAUAUGGAAAUGGAAACGAAGCUGGAAAUGAGACAGGCUACAUUGUAGGAAUGUCCACAUGUUAUCCUAAACCAGGUUCUAUCAAGAUUAUUGAUGGUGAAACUUUAACUUUAGUCUCUAUCUACAACAAUAGCCAAGAACACAAUGGUGUAAUGGGACUUUUCUACCUAUUGGUGGCAGAACAACUCCCAGAUCAACACUUCAGACAUUCUACCCGUUCUUCAUUUUUUAUGGAUGUAAUGUAAAUAAAAAAAUAUUUUUAUAUAAUUAGUCACAUAUUUGUAAUAUAUGUGGAGUGGAGUGUUAUGGAUUGUAGCGAAGUAAUAUAUGAUUUGAUCAAAAGAGGAAUAAAGACAAGUCUGAGUGUGACUGAAUAAUACAAAUCUUUCUGCAUUUGGCUAGCUAUAGGAUAAAGACAAGUCUGAAGUUUGAAUCAAUAUUUCAAAUGCCGUGUUCUAGUGAUGCAUAGUGUGUAAUUAUUUUGGCUUAAUCCACUCUUUCUUGUAUCAUUAUGCAACUGUUGUACCAAUAUAUCUGCUUAAUUAAUGUAAAAAGGACUUCAAUUCA